GCUUCUUCUUCGGCGAUGGAUGGGAAAAUCCGGCAGAGCCGGAGGUCGAGGUCGCAGCGGGACCGCGUGCGGCGGCGGGAGGCGGCGGCCCGCGACCCGCGGAACCAGAGCCCUUCCUCGGGCUCCGAGAAGGAGCCGAGCCCCGGCAAGGAGAACGGCGGCCAGAACUGCACCGCCCCGCGGGGCCCGCCGCCCGCCGCCCGCGCCGCCCGGCCCCCGCGCCGCCGCCGCCGCGAGUCCAGCUCCCAGGAAGAGGAUCUGAUCGAUGGCUUCGCCAUCGCCAGCUUCAACACCCUGGAAGCGCUGGAGAAGGACAUGUCACUAAAGCCUCAGGAGCGGAAGGAGAAAUGGGAGAGGCAUCCAGGCAAGAAACCCAGAGAAUCUGAGAACUGUGUGUCUGCUGAGCCAAGUGAGAAUGGCCACAACAACGAUGCCGGGAGCUCGGAGAGAGAGGCAGAGAGAGGCAAGGAGAGGAUGAAGAAGAAACUGCCCUUGAAGCUGUCCAAACAGAUGAAGGUCCCUACAAGCAGAAGUGGCAGAAAUAGCGAGGAAGACAGCAUCAGGGAGGCCACAAGCUCUCAGCGGAGCAGCUCAAGGGACCGUCUCAGUGAUAGUUCUGCUCAAUCGCUUUCAGGAAGAGGCUACUCCUGUGACAGCGAGAGCGAUAUUGACGAUAAGACCGCAACGGAACUGGAGCUGACUCGUAUCAGGAGUGCCUUGAUAACAAGCAAGGCUUCUGUAGGCUCUGAGAAGCUGUUCUCCCCUGCAGCAAAUAAAGGUCCCACCUUGAAUGACAAGCCAGAAGCGAAAGCAGCCAAUGUCCCAAAGGUGUCUGGGCUAGAGCGGAGCCGGGAGCUGAGCACCGACGUGCCCUUCGCCCUGCCCAUCCCCAGCCCCCAGCCCGUCGCUGCCGUCGUCACCUCGACCUCCUCAGCGCCCACGUCAAGUGCCAGAGCGAGCCCGCUGCUGAAGAAGGAGCCAGUGAUUCCAGCACCAGCACCGCCCCGGCUCACGCCGCAGCCGCAGCCCCGGCCGCAGUCGCAGCCGCAGCCCCGGCCGCAGUCGCAGCCGCAGCUGAUCCCCGAGCUGCGCAGCCAGCCCCCCAGCCACAUCCCCCCGCCCCUCAACUACCAAGUGCAUCACCAGGUGGCCCACAACGGACUCAACAACAUCAGCCGGAGCAGCAGUGCUAGCAGUGCAACGAGCAUCAGCCUCCCGAAGCACCUGUCCCUGUCUCCACAGAUCCCAGCACACCAUUCCUCCGGCCCAGCUCUGCCCCUGUCCAUCUCUAAUCUUGCUACCUCGCACUUCUCUCUCAGAUCGCAGGCGCAGCACCAGCACCAUCCGGCCAUGUUCGCCACCCCUCCCACGCUGCCACCUCCACCAGCGUUACCCACCAACAGCCUCGUGAUACCAGGGCACCCUGCGGAUACCAGCCUGUUGAUAUCAUUCAACCAACCAAUCAUGUAUUGCCAGCCUCAUUCGGGGAUUCUGAUUGGUACUUUGUCACAGGCAUCUCUCUUACCUCCACCAAUGAGUCCUCACGUAGAAAACCACCACAGCAUGACCUGCAGAAACAGGGAAUGCCAGGUGAAUAUUGACUCUUUCUCCUCCGUCUUUGUGGUACUCACAGGCCCACGGGCCUCUGUGUCUUUUUUUUUUCUCUCUCUCUCUCCUCUAGAUCACGAACUGCUCAGGCAAGAGCUGAACAACCGGUUUUUGGUUCAGAGUUCGGACCGGGCCGCUGCUUCACUUGGCCCGGUGCCGCUGCUGAGAGCGGAGUUUCACCAGCACCAACACACGCAUCAGCACCAACACACCCACCAGCACACAUUCACUCCUUUUCCAUCCAGCUUGCCCCAGACGCCGCUCAUGCCGCCCUCUGCACCUCCCAUGGUGCGUACCCCAGCCCAAAAUUUUGACAAGUACGCUCCCAAAUUAGACAACCCUUACUUUCGACAUUCCAACUUCUUUCCAACCUAUCCUCCAGCAAUGCCUGGAAUGCCACCCAUGCUUCCACAUUCAGGUCCCUUUGGGUCACUUCAGGGAGCAUUUCAACCGAAGACUUCAAACCCUAUUGAUGUAGCAGGUAGACCAGGCACAGUCCACCAUACACUGCUGCAGAAGACUCCAGGGGUGUCAGACCCUUAUAGGCCUCCAGUAAGAGUAAGUAAGAAACCCGGGAAGUGGUGUGCGGUUCAUGUACAGAUCGCCUGGCAGAUCUACCAUCAUCAGCAGAAGAUAAAGCAAAUGCAGCUGGAUCCCCACAAGCUAGAGAUAGGUGGCAAACUUGACCUGUUCAGCAGACCUCCCGCCCCUGGAGUGUUUCCAGGCUUCCAUUAUCCACAAGAUCUUGCCAGGCCUCUGUUUUCUACCACAGGUGCGACGCAUCCAGCCACCACCCCUUUUGGUCCCUCACCUCACCACAGCAGUUUCCUGCCUACAAACCACUUGGCAGAUCCAUUUAGCAGGUCAAGCACCUUCAGCGGCCUUGGGAACUUAGGCAGCAAUGCCUUUGGAGGAUUAGGCAGUCAUGCUCUGACUCACAACAACAUUUUUACUCACAAAGAUGGCCCAAACCUGCAGAAUUUCAACAACCCCCACGAGCCAUGGAACAGACUGCACCGGACCCCGCCGUCCUUCCCAACCCCUCCCCAGUGGCCCAAGCCCUCGGACUCGGAGCGGAGCUCCUCGGUGACCAACCACGACAGGGACAGGGACAGGGAGCGGGAGCCCGACAAGAGGGACCUUUCUCUGGGCAAGGACGACAGAGACAAAGACAGAGACCUCAUGGAUAAGAACAGACAUUCGAACAGAUCCUCGCCGGCAUCCGCCCCAGUGACGCACCAGAUCAGCAAUCUCAUCCGCAGCAACAGCCAGAGCUCCAGCGAGCCCAUCAGGCAGGUCAGCCUCGGGGACAGGGAGAGGUCCAAGGAGCCCGAGAGAGAGCACCCUGACCGGCUGAGAGAGCCGCCCAUAGCUGAACACAAGAUCAAAGAGAGCCGUUCCCCAGUGAAGGAAACUCCAAGCCAUGAUAAGAGACCCUCUGAGGACAACACAAAGCCAGUAAUCCAGUCUGUAUCCCCAUACAGCAAACCUGCACUAAGUGAGAGCCUGAAGCUUACCAAUCUAAUGAGCAAGGACAUGGAGAGAAAGACAGAGCUUCCUAGCGACCUCCAGAAGAUUAAGAAUGACAUCAAAGUCAAGGAGGAGAGGAAGGAAGACAGUGAUGUGCUAGUGGUUGGGUCUGAGCCUUCCCAGCACUCCCGGUCAGUGGAGCAUCCCCCACCGCCCACUCUCCAUGGAUUAUCAUUGCCUCACUCGAUGGCUGCCUCCAUGCCCAUCUCCAUGGGCAGCGUGCACCAGAUGAACAACAUGAAUGUCCUGGACCGCAGCAGGAUGAUGACCCCGCUCAUAGGCAUGAACCCUUUGUCAGGAAGAGAGAGGCUGCCACAUCCCGGAUUUUCCUGGGACCCGAUGAGGGACCCCUUGCGAGAUGCCUACCGGAGCUUAGACCUGCACCGUCGAAUGGACUUCCAGCUCCGGACAGAUCCUAUCCAUAGGUUUCCCACCACCUCGGGCUUUUACGACCACGAGCGUUCCUACAGAGACAGGGAACCACACGACUACAACCACGAGAACCUUCUGGAAGCCCGCCGAGAGCAGGAGCGGUUGCGGCAAGUGGAGGAGCGCGAGCGCUUGCACUUACGGGAAGAACUUGAGCGUGCCAGAAUGCACCACUUGCACUCGUCCCCCAUCGAAAGCCACCUGGCACACGUGCCAUCCUUCAUGCCUCAUUUGAGCGGGAUGCAUUACCCCAGACUGAGCCCAUCCACUGCCAUGCACAACGGGAUUUUGAACAGGAACCCGCCGACCGCAGCGCUGAGCGCGCCGCCGCCUCUCGUACCAGCCAGCAGCACCAGACCUGCCUCCCCUCGCAGGACUACCCCACUCACAAACUCAGAGUCCAGGGACUAUUCCCCCUCUAGGAACCCCAAAGAAGUAGAGGCACGAUAGUCCCCAACAUUGAAUUUUAAACUCAACCUGUACAUAAAAAAAAACAAGCAAGCAAACAAACAAGCAAACAACAACAAAAAAAUACAAACAGGAAAAAAAAAAACCCAACAAAAAAAGAAAACAACAAACCUUUUACAAAAUGCACUGCUGUAAACUUUUUUUUUAAUGUAAAAUUUGUAGAAGUUAAGCACAUUUCCAUAAAUAACGGGGUUGGGGACUUUCCAACAAGAAGGUUGCUGAGAAUGGGAAUUUAAUAUAUAGGUAUUGAUUUUUGGUUUUGUUUUUUGUUUCUGUGCUAAAAAAAAUGAGUUAAGAAUAUCAAGUUUGUACAUUUUUUCCCAAAUGUGAGAAACAUUUUUAAUGGAUUUGUAUUUUUUUUAAUUUUGUGCUCUUUAUUCACUUAAAAAAAGAAGAAAUUUUGCUUUUGUUUUUAGUUAAAUUUGCAUUUUAAAGGCCUCAGAUCCUUAAGAAAAAAAUACCCAGGGUUUCUUAAAAGUAUUAUUUAUGGAAAUACUGUAGUUUUACAGUCCACUGUGAGGUUCCCUUCUGAGGCCAAUUGAUCACUUACCUUGGUACUUUGGAACCGAAGUUACAGAUAUAUAUUAAAAUAUUAAUAAUAAUAAUAAUGUACAAAACUGUUUGUUUUUUGCCUUAUUAUAUUAUGCAGAAAUUUAAGAGGAAUUUUUUUUGACUUCUUGUUUUAAACAAAAAAAAAAAAAGAAAACAAACUGUAAAUAUUCUGUUAAUAUAAAUGUACACCAAUAUUAAAUUCUUAACAUAGGUAGACUUUAUAAAAAUGGUUUCUAGAACCACUCUGGUUAUUUGUUAACAUGGUUACAACUCAUACUCUUGUCACAGUCAGAAAUUCACACUCAGAAAGCUCAGUACGGCAUAUAUACUUCAACUAUGCAAGAACUCGGAGGCACGUCUUAGUGGAUGUUGGGGGGAGGAAGGUUUUAAAAAAAAAAAAAUUUAAAAAAAAAAAAAAACAACCCAAAAACAA